AGUCUAAAAUAUAACCAGAUUUUCAAUCCAACGAACCGAAAUUAGUCCCAAUCGGUGGAUACCUAACCCGUAUUCUCCUCGCUGAAUCAAGUUGACUGCCGAUUCUGAAAUAUCCACUGGCACGUGAUCGUGUCUAAAGAUGUGCUUCCAUCUCGGUCAAAGCCUAUUCAGUUUCACGGACAUCUUGAUAAGAAACCAUCAUGUCCUACCGCAUCCUCACACUAUCUGAAGUCCUCGAGACAACGAAAGAGACCGUCAGAGUACUCUCUACCCUCGGCUUCAAAUGCUGCCUCGUCGGAAGCGUAGCGUGUUCCUGCUACGGUAUGAGGCGGUCCCCCAACGAUAUCGACAUGGUGGUCCUAGGCUGCAGGCUCACCCAAGAAGAACUAAAGCGCCGCGUAGUAGCAGCAAACUCUAGUUUCUACCUCGUCGCAUCUAAAGAUCCCCGAGCGACGUAUAAAGUCCUCUGGUACCGCCUCCCAGGAUACAGGCGGAGCUGCAAAGUCGAUCUGCUCUUCCCAGGCAUAAUGAACAUCCCACCAGUCCCAUCCGACAGCAUCGUACACCGCCGACACUCGUAUAAUCACCACACCUUCCCCGUUAUGCCGUUCAUCCCCCUCCUGCUUCUCAAGCUCCAGGCGUGGAAGGACCACGGGGAGUCGACAAAGUAUUAUAUGAAUGCCAAGCAGCCGACAGACGUCAGAGACAUUACAGAACUGCUCAACAUCUACGUGACAGCGGGCAAUCUGGGGGAGCUGGGAAACUGGGUACCAGAGUCGUUUUUAAAAGCGGGGCGCAGUCGCAGAAGGGAAUUUGUUAGACUUUAUCCACACACUGCUAACAAUUGGAGGAGAAUUAAACAGAGGCACGAAGAAGCGCAGAAGUAGAGAACUGUAGAGCUCUUGCCGAAAUCAUAUCUUUGCCUUUCAUCAAC